AUAUUUGAAAAGUUUUGAUAUCAUGUCUUGCACGAUGGAUCAAAUUUAUUUUCAAUAUUCAUUUUAAAGAAUGAAGAUAUAUAUGUAAAAAUUUAUUCAAUAUGACACGAGCGCAGAAUGGUCGGAAGUCAGAAAUGGGGCUGACUGCAUCACAAGAAGAUAAAGGAAGCAGCAGCACAACACAAUUAGAUGGACGUCUACCUCAGAAGAAAUUGGUUUUGCAGCCUGCCACUACACAAGGAGGCAAGUAUCAUAAAAUGAAUUUAGAGAUAUACGAACCAAAAGAAAAAUUCAAAAGCAACAACAAAUACUUACAGAGGAUAGAAGAAAUUGAACACUUAGAAGCAGUUUCUUGUGUUAAUGGGUUGAUUAACAACAUAGAAGAUAAGCAUGCAGUGAUUAAAGCAAAUGAAGAGAAGAUUGAAGAACAGAAAUAUCGGAUUGGAAGGCUGGAGCAUGAUUUGAACCAGUAUAAAUUAUCCAUAGCUGCGCUAGAUAGGAAAUAUAGUAAAAGUCAGAUGCGAGCAGAGAAAUUAGAUAGUCAGUUACGUGACUGCAAAUCUGAUGUUCAAACCAAGGUGGUGCAUAUGGAUAAUCUUAAAAAACAACUUGACGAUUCAAUUGUUGGUGUGGAAUCUUUAACGCUAAGGAACAAAAAAUUAGAAGUUCAAAUUAGUGAAGCUGAAACCCACAAUCUUAACACGGUGAUUGAGUAUGAAAAGAGAUUCAGUCAGAUGAAAUGUAAAACAGAAUUGUUGGAAAAAGAAGUCCAAACAUCUUCUUUUAAAUUGAGCGAGUUAAAAAUAGAGAAUGCAAAGAAAGAAAACAAAAUACAGGCAUUGGAAGAGAAAGGAAAAUUGGAAGAACAAACGAGUUCAGCUGAGCUUCACAGAUUGUCGGAGGAAUUGGAUAACAUCCGCUUGAAAUUGCAUGACAGCCAUAUAAUCCACGAGGAUUUGAAAAUGGAAAACCAAAAUUUAAACGUAAAGCUAUAUGGUCUUCAAAAAGAACGCUCAGAAGAGAAAGAUAGGUUAGCGGAAAAUGUGAGGAAUUUAAAUAAAGAGAUUAUCUCUUUGAAGGAGAAACAGAAAGAAAUGAUAAAUAACGAAAAUAUUCACGAGGAAGUCAGAGUAUUGAUGGAUAAGGUUAAAAAAGAUCAGGAAAUGUUAGAACAACUCAAGAAAGACAUGCGAGUUGAGAAACACGUUUUUCAUGCCUCGACUAAUACAAUGGUGGCGAUGCGUGAGAGGUUACCGCCCGUUGCUCCAGCUGCCAACGCCCUACUUACACGGCUACAAGAGUCGCAAAGUCGAUUAUUUGAGACGUUGGGAGAUUUAGCAAUCGAAGAUGCCGAACGUCGAAUGGCAUGGAAUAACAUUAAACACGAAGGAGAAUCAAUCGACAAAUUAAGCACAGCGUUUAAAUACCGCGAAAUCCAGAGGCAAGAAAAAGUGAAUAAUGAAGACAUACUGUUAAAAAGUUUGUCAAGGUCAAACGAACAAAAUGCAAACGUAGCAAAAGAAAAUGAGAUUCUAAAAGCAAAUAAUGUUGUUUGUCGAGAGGAGAACACCAAGUUAGCCGAAACCAUCAGAAAGUUGGAACAGAGAUUGAAAGAAACUGAUGUAGAAACAGAAAAGCAGGCCACUUUAAAGAUCAAGAUUGAGGAACUGACAUAUGAGAUGGAAUCGUUACAACGCAAAAUUGAAAGAUUAGAAGAUCAAAAACGAGAUUCUGAGCACUGCAUAAAUUUGCUUAACAACGAUAUCGAGCAUUACAGAAGAGCUUCUGUAACUUUACAGAACAGCUCAAAGCAAUGUUGUCAUUGGAUUAAGAUUAAAAACAAGAGAUUAGAAGAAAGGUUGAUGGAAAUGGAAGAAGAGCAUCAAUAUUUUCAAGAUGUCAAAAGGAAAUACCACAUUAUGAGAAAAGAAUUGCUGAAGUGUAAAGAGGUAAUAAAAGGGCUGCGAGAAAGGAUAAUGGCAGAAAAAAACGAGACAGACGCUGGAAAUGUAGCUAUCUCAGAUAAGCACAUUAUCAAUCUGCAAGUGCAUGUUGAUAAGGAUGAGCAUAAAAAACAAAAGGAAGAUUUUCAAGUUGAACAGUUGAAGGAGGAUUUGAACCAUUUGCACCAACAAAUUCUUCUGCUUCGCGAAUGCAAGGAAAAAGAUGAUUCCACCAACGGCGCCGCAAGAAUAGAUAAUACAAAGAAACGUAAAGAUCAAACUACUGUUGCUGAAUCACACAUUACAUCACUGCAAAAAGAAAUGGAAGAGAUGCAAAAAGAGAUUCUGUUACUGAAAGAGAAAAGGGAACCAGUAAGAAACAUCACAGAUGAAAAUAUGGAAAAGGUAGAUGGCAAUAACACGAAGGUUGUUAUCAAUGAAACAAAAAGUUCGGAGAAAAUAGAAAAAAAGGAAGAAUUGUUUAAAAUGCGAGAAAAAGAAUUUGAAAGUUUGCAGUUGGAAAAUACUAGACUAGAGAACGAGAUGGAAAAACUUAAGGAAAGUGUGAAGGAAUGUGAUUUAUCACGAGAGAUGAGUGAAUCCAAGUAUAAAAAAAAAAUUACGGACUUGCAAGCUGAACUUGAUCAGUGUGGUGGUAGCAGGCGGGAAGAAAUUGAUCUGUUGAACUUGAAAAUCAAAGAUAUGAAUUCAGUAAAACAGAAAAAUGAAAACGUUAUUCGCAAUUUAAAAGAACAGAAAGAUGAACUUCAAAUGAAUAUCAGAAGAAUGGAAAGAGAAAUUGCUAAUUUCAAACAAAAACUUGAUUUUGUGGAAUCAAAUAGAAAGCAAAGAGACAAUGCUGAAUAUUCUGAAGAAAACAAUAAUCGAUCCAAAAAGUGCAAUGAAGCUAGUAUAAUGAUAGCCCAGAAAGAGACUAAACAAACGUCUGAUGCUUUAAAGAAGGCAAGAAAACCGAUCUGGAUGACUGAGCACUAUGAGGACACAGUAGGUGAUGUAAGAGAUGGUUAUUUAGAAUCAAAACAACCACAACAGUGUUAUAAAAGGAAGAACGCAAAGGAAGAAAGCGGCAAUUCUUCGAUCAUGAAUGCACCAAUGAAAUCGUUCGGGAAUGUCAAAUUAACUAAUCAGAAAGCAUUAACAUCAAACGAGCGGGAAGCAGGUAUUGUUGGCUUUGGGCGGCGGCGAAACAUUCCUGCAUCUGAGGGCGACGAGGAAAGCGAUGAAAAUUUUUUAAACAUCGGCACACCAAUCAGAUCUACAAAAACUCUGAAAACAUCCAAUCAAAACGCUUCGUCAUUUAAAAAGAGUACAGUGAGUUACGGCCGUCGUAAAAAUUCCUCUCCGUGUGACGACGAUAGCGGAGAAAGUGGCGACGAUUUUCUGAACUUGAAUACACCAAUAAAACCAUCCAAAAAUAUGAAACCGUUCAAUCAAAAAGAUCUAACAUCAAACAGAUCACAUGCAUCAAACAUGCAGCGAGGUAAAACAUUCGACGUUGGAACACUUGAUGAUAAUGAUAUUUUCUGGAGCUUGAAUGCGAAGGCCUCUCAAAGCUCCAGACAAAAAAGACAAACUGAUAUAGCGACUCAUGAGAACAACGACAAUUCGUUUCGUCGAUCGGUUGUCAAAACAACAGGCUAUCCAACGCGUCGGUCAAACUUGCAGAUGUUUGAAGAACAGUCCACUACAAAAGCAUAUAUUGCGCCGGGCCAACCACGACUUGCCACCAAUUUUGUGAAGAAACAAACGUCGUCAUGGUCCGAUGAUGAGGAAGAACUCAUUGCAAAGUGUUUGACGAGAUAGAACAAAUUUAAAUUCAGUUUUAUUUAAUAAAUUUCUAUAAAAAAUAUCAAAUGGUAGUUUCCAUAUUCCCCU